UCUCUAUGGGUUUUUCCUCCCUCGCCCAUUCUGGAGCGGCGGGGGGCUGCAGUUUAACUCUUUCCCGUCCGCGUCCCCCUUUCGUGGUGCAAAAAGGGGUUUCUCCUUCCUCCCAUCCCGAUCAGCGGAAAAGCAGGUCUGUCCCAUUCAGUUUAAUGGGAUUUGCUGCCCCGUUCCAUUCAAUGGGAUUUCCUUGAAGCGGAGACUUUCAGCCCCGGCGACGCAACAGAGCUUGCAAAAGGGGAGGGAAGUGGCGAUGCCUGUGGUUAUUGGCUUUGAGGGGAGCGCCAACAAGAUCGGUGUGGGGAUCGUGCGCGAUGGGGAAGUCCUCAGCAACCCCCGGCGGACGUACAUCACUCCUCCGGGUCAAGGUUUCCUGCCAGGUGAUACGGCACGUCACCACCGGUCCUGCGUCCUGGCCAUCUUACAGGAGGCGCUGCAGGAGGCUGGGCUGAAGCCCGCAGACAUUGACGCCGUGGCUUUCACUAAAGGUCCAGGAAUGGGUGCCCCUUUGGUGACAGUGGCCGUGGUAGCCCGUACCGUGGCUCAGCUGUGGGGGAAGCCUUUGCUGGGGGUGAACCACUGUGUGGGCCACAUCGAGAUGGGGCGGCUGGUGACCGGUGCCCAGAACCCGACAGUGCUGUAUGUCAGCGGUGGGAACACUCAGGUCAUUGCAUAUUCGGAACACCGCUACCGAAUAUUCGGAGAGACCAUAGACAUCGCUGUCGGCAACUGCCUGGACCGCUUUGCCCGGGUGCUGAAGAUCUCAAACGAUCCCAGCCCGGGCUACAACAUCGAGCAGAUGGCCAAGAAGGGUCAAAAGCUGGUUGAACUUCCAUAUACAGUGAAAGGCAUGGACGUCUCUUUCUCUGGGAUCCUGUCCCACAUAGAGGAUGUGGCCCACAGAAUGCUCGCCGCACGGGAAUGCACACCUGAGGACCUCUGCUUCUCCCUACAGGAGACACUGUUCGCUAUGCUAGUGGAGAUCACAGAACGGGCCAUGGCGCAUACUGGCUCCCACGAGGCGCUGAUUGUGGGCGGAGUCGGCUGUAACGAGCGGCUGCAGGAAAUGACGGCCAUCAUGUGCCGGGAAAGAGGAGCAAAGCUCUUUGCUACAGACGAGAGGUUCUGUAUUGAUAAUGGAGCCAUGAUUGCACAAGCUGGCUGGGAGAUGCUGCGGGCGGGGCAAGUUACACCGCUGGAGGAUUCAUGGAUUACGCAGAGGCUUUCCCUCGGUGGAAGAGUUAAAUGUGACACAGGGAGAGGUAUCGUACAGAUGAAGUGGAGGUGACGUGGUGCGAUUAACCCCUUCACUUCAGGCGGAGAGCUACCGCAUCGCAGUUGUAAGGGGAAAGUCGUGCAAACGUGGGAGCGAAUUAUCAGAAUCCCAGUGGGAAUUCCUGGGUGACAAAUUCUGCUUGGAAUAAAUGCUCUUGUUUUGUAA